AUGGAUGCCAGCGCGGCAGACGCAGGUUCACACACUCUACCUCGGAGUGCUAUUUUGAAAUGCAAGGCCAAUGCUCUCCUCCAGGAUUUGAAGAGGAUACAAGGAGCCCUUCACCCAAUUUCAAGCGUGGAGGACGCCAUGCUCCACGUGCGUCAUGGCCAGUUAGUCUCAGUGUACGAUGACUUCAAGGCCAUCCACGGGAAUCUUGAAGAAUUAGACAUUUCGGAAAUCGGCAGCGACUUGCGAUGGACCGUGUCGGAGCUCGUCGCGACGAUGCACGCUGAAAUAGAGGACGAAACCUUGCGACGCUCUGCUCAAAUGGCUGGCCACUCAACUCUCACCAACGGGAUCUCCUCUAUGCCAGACCCAGGGCUCAGUCGCAGCUUUCAAGCUCUGCCGCCUAUUCCGCUCCCUACCUUCAGUGGAGGAUACUCCGAGUGGUCUGAGUUCCAAUCUAUCUUCUCAACUAUGGUAGGCGGAAAUCCACAUAUAAGCAAGGUGGAAAAGUUUCAGAGGCUACGAUCCUGUCUUCGCGACUCAGCGUUAGAAGCAGUUCGGUCCUUGGCUCAUGUGAACGAGAUUCUAGGCCUCUGUGUCGUGGAAGGUGGCUCAGUGGCAGGUCUACGAGGAUUCUCAGAUAAGUUCAAUUCCCAUAUGCGAGCCUUGAAGAAUUUGGGAACGACGCAACAAAUUGCCGGCUGCAUCAUCGUCCAGGUGCUUCUUCAAAGAUUGGACCCAGCUACCCAGGCGAAGUGGGAGGAAGGCCAGACUGCCAUCAAUUCAGACCUUAUUCCUACGUGGGACUCGAUGGCGAAAUUCCUGGAGCAACGAUGCAGGACUCUCGAGGCUGUGGAUGUGGCCAUGGCCGCAUACGCGCCAGGCACUCAGGCGAGGCUAGGCGACUUGGUCUUUGUCGAAAAUGUCUCAGAACCGGCCAUCACCUGCGAGACUGCGUCGCUAAUAAUUGCCACAGCUGUGGGAGACGGCAUCACAGUGCAUUUUCUGGACUCGCAGUCUUCUAGCGGCCAUCUGCCAGUUGCUUUACCCAUUUCCUCCUCAUCCGAGGGUUCUGAACCUCUAGCCUCAUCGCCAUCCACAGUCAAUGCCUUAAUUGCCCAAGGUCGUAGCGGCGAUAUAGCUUUGCUUGCAACAGCGAACAUACUUGUUAGGAGCCGCGCUGGUAUUUUUGUUCCUUGCCGAGCGCUUCUGGAUUCUGGAUCUGAAGUACACAUGAUUACGUCCCGAUUGGCUAAUCAGCUGCAGUUGCGUAAAUGCAAAUCAUUCAUGUCGGUGUCUGGAAUUGGCGAUACCGGCUAUGCGACGGACGGAUUCUCUGUUGAUGUGCUCCUACGUUCUCACUGUUCAGAAUACUCGUCUCUUAUUAGUGCAGUCGUCGCUGGCAACAUUACGGAUCUCCAGCCUAGUUUCUGCUUAGAUGUCUCCAAUUGGAAUAUACCAUGCAAUCUUAAUCUCGCUGAUCCAGAAUUCUUUCGACCACAGCGUAUCGAUUUGCUCAUCGGAGCCAGCCUCUUUUAUGAAUUGCUGUGUGUUGGACAAGUUCAGCUCUCAGCUGGCCUACCGUUGCUGCAGAAAAUCCGACUUGGAUGGGUUGUGUGUGGAGGCGGUUCACCUGUCGAGAGAAGGUCACUCGUAGCCACAGCCUGCAAGGAUGUCACGAAGAGCCCAAGCCUGCCGGAUGAACGUUUAGAUUGUUUGCUCCGCCAGUUCUGGGAAAUAGAGGACUGCUCCGAACCAAUAGUGAAGUGGACAAAGGAAGAGCUGGAUUGCGAAGCGCAUUUUGUGCAACACUCUACUCGGCUCAAGUCAGGCGCUUAUGCUGUGAGGCUGCCGUUGAAAUGCAGUUCUGAUUUGCUGGGAGAAUCGUAUCCCCAAGCCGUGCGUCGAUUUCUCUCUCUAGAAAGGAAGCUCAGUCGUCACCCUCAAUUGAAGAAUCCGUAUGCUGCGUUUAUAAAAGAGUAUUUGGAGUUGGGCCAUAUGUCUGCAGUUCCUGCUAAUGCGAGCCUCACUCCUCAGUACUUCUUACCUCACCACUGUGUUUUGAAAGAGGACAGUUCAACAACCAAGCUCAGGGUUGUUUUUGAUGGAUCUGCUGCUACCACUUCUGGGUAUUCGUUGAAUGACGUGUUGAUGUCCGGCCCAGUUAUACAGCCAAAGUUGCUUCACAUCCUGUUAAGGUUCCGUUACCAUCGGGUGGCCAUUACAGGAGAUAUCUGCAAAAUGUACCGAUGUGUCAGAGUUUUCCCUGAGGACAGCCAUUUGCAGUGUAUCCUUUGGCGGGAUUCCACCCAGGACGAGUUGCAGGUUUUUAAACUUGACACUGUAACUUAUGGAACAAAACCAGCGUCAUUUUUGUCAGUGCGAGCAAUGCAUCAAUUGGCCGAGGAUGAGCAGUCGAUGUUUCCAAAGGGGGCCGAGAUUCUGCGACGCGACUUUUACGUGGACGAUCUAAUUUCUGGAGGUGCUUCUGUGGCUGAAGCUGUCAACAUCAUGCAGCAAACAUCAGGGAUCCUUGCCAAGGGUCAAUUUCGCUUGAGAAAGUGGUGCUCCAACGUAGCUGCGGUGUUGUCUGAUGUGCCGGAAGAGGAUCGGGAGUCGUUUCUGAGAUUUGAUGACGGCAGCAACUUUACGAAAACUCUGGGCCUCGCUUGGGAUCCUGCUACUGAUCGCUUGCUAUUUUCAUUUGAGGGCCUUCAGUCAACCUUAAAUCCAACUAGGCGUAUCGUCCUUUCCUCAAUCGCCCGGUUGUAUGAUCCUUUAGGACUUGUCGGGCCAGUCAUCACAAGGUCAAAGAUCUUUCUUCAGAAGCUGUGCCGUGAGAAGUUGUCUUGGGAUGAGAGUCUUCGUCAGGCUCUUGACUCUGAUUGGGAAAAAAUUUGCUGCAGCUUCGCCGAUUUUCCCAGAUGGUCACUAUCAUCACCGACCGAUUUGGAGAUUCAUGGAUUUUGUGACGCUAGCAUCGAGGCUUAUGGUGCCUGUAUUUAUGUCGUCUCAAGGGGAGCAGAAUUGCUGGCGCGGCUUAUGUUAGAAGUAGCUAAUCUGAAGAUGUACGCUGGGAAGCAUUAUUGUUGGUGCGAUUCUGCAGUGGCGCUGUCCUGGAUUCGAGAGGAGCCUGCCCGGUUUAAUGUUUUCGUUGCCAAUCGAGUUGCGACGAUCCAGGAGUUAACCAGAACGAUGGAGUGGCGCUAUGUUCCCACGUCCUUGAAUCCGACGGACAUCCUGUCCCGUGGUGCUCUUCCUAAUGAGUUGAUCUUUGAUGAGCUGUGGGUUCUUCUUGGUCCUCAAGAUGAGUGGCCAGUUGCGGUCCCAGCUGAGAGGCCGACCCUGGAACUGCGCGCAAAGGUUUUGCUCAUUCAGUCGCCGUAUGUGGACAUAAUAGCUGCCUCCAAGUACGCUAAUUCCUUCUCAUCUCUGCAGCGGGUAUUUGCUUAUGUGCACAAGUUUUGUCAUCGAAUACGCCACAAGGGAAUCACCGCAGGAGAUAUCAAGUCUGGAACUCAACUUUUAUUGCGGUUGGUACAGCGGGUGAAUUUUUGGGAUGAUAUAAGGUCGUCCAGCGUACUUGCCACAUCUUCACCCUUCUUGGAUAAGUUCGGUCUACUGCGUGUAGAUGGUCGCCUGAAGAAUUCGCCGUUGGAUUUUGAUAGUCGUCAUCCAAUUAUACUCCCUAGAAGCCACCCAGUCACUCUUGCUAUAAUUGUUGAUUUCCAUGAGCGAAAUUUACACACGGGACCUCGUGCUCUUUUGGCUAUGAUUCGAUCCCAAUAUUGGCCAAUUGGGGGGAGGAAAACGGUGACGAAGGCGUUGCACAAAUGCAUCCGAUGCUUCCGGUCCAAGCCUCGCCUGCUGGAGCACAUUAUGGCUGAUCUCCCGGAACAAAGAGUCAACGGUUGCCAAGUCUUUGGAGUCACUGGCGUGGAUUUUUGUGGGCCAUUCCAUUACAAGCCAGAAGUUCGUAAUAAGGCUCCGGCACUAAAACGGUUUAUAUGCACCCGCCGAAAGCCACAACACAUUUGGUCGGACAACGCUACAAAUUUUGUUGGAGCCAGAAACGAGCUAAGUGAGCUGCGGCGGCUCUUUAUCAGCGACGAGCAUCAGCGGACACUUAUGGAGUUUUGUGCGAUUGAGUCCAUCGAAUGGCAUUUUAUUCCUCCUCGAUCUCCGCAUUUCGGCGGACUCUGGGAAGCGUCAGUCAAAACUGCCAAGCAUCAUUUUUACCGGGCUGUGGGGUCCUCAAUUCUUGGAUUUGAGGAGCUGCGAACUCUGCUUUGCCACAUUGGUGCUGUCAUAAAUUCACGACCAUUAUUGCCUCUUUCAGAAGAUCCUGCAGACCUCGAUGUUCUAACGCCAGCACAUUUUUUAACUGGAGGUCCGCCAUCUAGUUUAAUCGAACCUGAUGUUACAAAGCUAAACUUCAAUCGUCUGGACAGUUGGCAACGUGUGUCCUUUCUGCAGCAGUCUUUCUGGUCCCGAUGGAAAGAGGAAUACUUAAGCCUCCUUCAGCAACGCUCCAAAUGGCGUACCUCCGGCCCUGCUUUGGCAGUCAACGAUGUGGUGCUGGUCAAGGACGAGAACCUACCCCCGAUGAAGUGGCCGCUCGCGAGAAUCAUGGAACUGGUAUCUGGUAGGGGCGGAGUGGCUCGAGUGGCGGUGAUCAGAACUUCAUCUGGAACCACCAAGCGCGCAGUAUCUAAGCUGUGCCUUUUGCCCCUUAAGGACGAAGUUGGAAGCCAGGCCCAACUGGGGGGAGAAUGUCGGGACAAGCAGCAGCCGCCACCUAAUUUAUAG